AUGAACAUGGUCAAAAAAUCCAUAACACAGUGCAAUGACUCGGUCUUCGCAAAUCUUGACAAUCUUUUUCUGAAUUAUGGCGAAACUCUGGUAAUAGAGGAUAGACUAACGCCAGGACUUGGUUUUGUGAUUGGAGAAGAUCCAAACGGAGAGGAAAUGCUGAAAUGCCUCUAUGAGUAUUCUAACACAGUUCGCGAAAUGAUACCGAUAUGUACGUGGAAAGGAACUCUUAUGAACUGCUCAAGUCUCUUUCAGAAGACUCUAACUGAAAUGGGUGUGUGUUUUACUUUCAAUGGAGAGGAGAGAGAGAGGCUACAGGCUUCGUACACUGGUCCUGAUGGCGGCCUGAGGGUGUUUAUAGAUAUCGGACAACUGGAGUAUUAUUACUCUGCUACAAUACAAGCUGGAAUCAAGGUAAUUCUUCAUGAUCCAGGGACAGACCCCCUUCCUUCUCUGGGUGGAUUUUUGGUGGCUCCUGGAUUAUCAGCCGACGCAAUCAUCAGUAAGACCAGGAAAAGCUUUCUUGGUAAACCCUACGGCAGCUGUUUAAACGUCAAUGAAGCUGGAAACCCACUAAAACGGUAUUCUUUCUACAGUGAGAAAUCAUGCCGAAUGGAGUGCAUGAUCGACCAUCUGGUUAGCGCGAACGAAAGCUGUAAAAACUGUCGUCACUUCCUUCAUCCAGGACCAGAACGACUGUGUGCAUAUAAGGAACUGGAGAGAUGCUUUGUAUUCUAUAGAACCAGCAAUUUUGCAAGAAGAUGCAAAUGCCAGAGGCCCUGCUAUAAACACGAAUACAAAACCUCCAUUUCUUACGCUCGAUUCAUGUCUGACUUCAUGUACCAAUAUUUUGUAGGGAGGGGUAUUUUACUAUCUCCAAGUUACGCAAAAGACAAUUAUAUCGAGUUGAAGAUUUAUUACGACUCGCUGAUUGAGACAGUUGUCACAGAGGUCCCAGAGUUCAAUAUUUUUGAGAUGCUCAGUAAUAUCGGCGGCCUGAUGGGGAUUUUCUUAGGCGCCAGUCUUCUCUCUGUGGUUGAGUUGGUGGAGUUCUUUCUGCUUAUUUUGAGCCAUCGGAACAAACUUGAAACCGUUAACCAUGGAGUAUCUCGUGUUGAAAAUGGCAAUGUAUCGCUAAAAAAAGCACAAUCUAAACUCACCUCGGUGAAAAACAAGCAAAAACCCAAACAAAUGUGCAACAGAAAGAAUAAUACCGGAUUGAGGAGAUUUUAG